AUGUCGAUUACUGGUAUAAUUACUUCCCUUCUUGAUACAGAUUUGUACAAGAUCACCAUGCAUGCUGUGGUAUACAACCACUUUGUAAAUGUGCCUGUGGUAUACAAAUACACCAAUAGAACCCCGGAUAUGGUUUUAAGUUCAGCUGCCAUUGAAUGGUUAAUGAAACAAAUUCAAUUGUUGGAAAAGCUAUCGUUCAAUGAAGACGAAAUUAAUUAUUUGGAGAAAGCAGUACCAUACCUCCCCAAGAAUUACUUGGAUUACUUGAAAACAUAUCAAUUACAUCCCAAAGAACAAGUUACUUUCAAGAACAUCAAUGAUCCCCCAAAUUUUGGUAUUGAAAUAAAUGGUACAUGGGCUGAGACUAUUUUAUAUGAAAUACCGAUUUUGGCAUUGAUUUCACAAGCGUAUUUCAAAUUUGUUGAUACUGAUUGGAACUACGAUGGCCAAGUAGAAUUGGCAACUGGCAAGGCAAGAGAAUUGUGUAGUCGUCAAUGUCCCUUUAGUGAAUUCGGUACCAGAAGAAGAAGAUCCUUUAAAACCCAAGAUAUUGUUGUUGGUUCCAUAAAAGCUUAUAGUGAAGAACAUCCUGAAGUUUCCAAAUAUAUUCUUGGAACUUCCAAUGUAUUGUUAGCCAAAAAAUAUGGUUUGACUCCAAUUGGCACAGUUGCUCAUGAAUGGUACAUGGGAAUUGCAGCAAUUACUCAAGAUUACCCUAAUGCAAACAAAAUUGCAAUGGACUAUUGGAUAGACACAUUUGGUAUUGCACAUGCGGGUCUUGCUCUUACAGAUACAUUUGGUACCGAUUCAUAUCUAAAAGUUUUCAAUCCCCCUUAUUCGGAUUACUAUGCUGGUGUUAGGCAAGAUUCGGGAGAUCCCGCAGUGUUUGCAGCUAAAAUUGCAAAUCACUAUUAUGAAAAGUUGAAGUUACCUAAGGGUAGUAAAGUUGUUUGUUUUAGUGAUUCAUUGAAUGUGGAGAAAUGUGAACGUUACAAAGAGAUUAGUGACCAGCUUGGAUUAAAGGCGACUUUUGGUGUUGGGACAUUUUUCACCAAUGAUUUCUUCAAAGUUCUGGAUCCCAAGCAGAAAUCAAAACCUUUAAAUAUUGUUAUUAAAUUGCUUGAAGCUAAUGGUAAUCAUGCAGUGAAGAUAAGUGAUAAUUUAGGAAAGAAUAUGGGUGAUCCCGCAACUGUUGAAAAGGUUAAACAAAUAUUGGGAUACCAAGAACGUGACUGGGCAGAAGGUGAUGAAUCCAACAGAUGGAAAUAA